GAUGUUGUGCGCAAUGCGUAACACAUACACUCUUACACACGCGCACUGACACACAAGUGCAAGGCGGACUUUGACGGCCGCAGUGAGUUGGGACUUGGGAUUUGUGAAAGGUACACAGUACACACUCGCAUAGCUGUUACGAAAACAAGCGCUGGUGCUAGCACGCGGCGGUCCAUAACUAACUAUAAAGUGCAAUCGAAAGUGCCAUCGUAGGACGGUCCACGAGGUGCAGUGACGGUGGUAGUGGUUAUCUACGAAUUUUUGUAUUCAACAAGAGUCAGUUCUUCGCAGCGGCUGAAAAUAACCAAAAAAGGGGCGCAGUAGCAAAAUCGUGCGCGGAGCACGGCACAGCAACGUGAUCGUAAAAAAGAGUUGUACGGCAGAGAGCGCGCGCCCUUAUCAAGCAUUCACAUGCUCACGUGAAUUCGAUACUUUUUUACAAGUUCGAAUAAAUAUUAUUUAGUUUUCAUCAUUCCGUUCGAUCAAAGAUUUCUUAGCUAACAUGUCGACUGGACCAGCACAUAAACAUCGUUACAAAAACGUCGGACUAGAUUCUCAAGAACUUCGAAGGCGUAGAGAGGAAGAAGGUGUACAAUUGAGAAAACAAAAACGUGAACAACAGCUAUCUAAGCGGCGCAAUGUUCCCAACGUGCUUGCAGAAGAUGAUGGCUUACCUGUCAAUGAGGAAUAUGCGAUACCUUCAGCAAUUAUACUAUCGCUCAGUAUAACACCUGACAUGGUUGAAGCGCUGUACAGUCCAAAUGUAGAAGAACAACUUGCUGCAACUCAAAAAUUCAGAAAACUAUUAUCCAGAGAACCAAAUCCUCCUAUAAAUGAAGUCAUAGAAACAGGCAUUGUACCCAGAUUUGUUCAAUUUCUUCAGUAUGAAGACAAUCAUUUACUACAAUUUGAGGCAGCUUGGGCAUUGACAAAUAUUGCCAGUGGAACGUCAAAUCAAACUCGCAUAGUUAUUGAUGCUGGAGCUGUACCUAUGUUCAUACAACUUUUAUCUUCACCUCAUGAAGAUGUUCAAGAACAAGCUGUUUGGGCUUUGGGUAAUAUUGCUGGUGACAGUCCAGAAUGCAGAGAUCAUGUUUUAUCUGCUGGUAUUUUGCCUCCUCUAUUAAACUUAUUAUCAAAAAUGCCUCGAUUAACUAUGACGCGAAAUGCAGUUUGGGCACUAUCUAAUUUGUGUAGAGGAAAAAAUCCUGCACCAGAUUUUCAAAAAAUUUCACCUAGUUUGCCUGUUCUUGCUUACCUUCUUAAUCGUAAUGAUUCAGAUGUAUUGGCAGAUGCUUGUUGGGCUUUAUCUUAUAUCAGUGAUGGUCCAAAUGAAAAAAUUCAAGCUGUUAUAGAUUCUGGAGUGUGUCGCAAACUUGUAGAACUUUUACUGCAUGAAGAACAUAACGUUAUAAGUGCAGCAUUGCGAGCUGUAGGUAACAUUGUUACUGGAGAUGAUAUACAAACACAAAUAAUUUUGAACGCUGAUGCUUUGCCUCGUUUAUUAAUUCUACUCGGAAAAUCACGUGAAAGUAUCCGAAAAGAAGCUUGCUGGACAAUUUCAAAUAUAACAGCAGGAAAUCCCAAUCAAAUUCAGGCUGUUAUUGAUGCUGGAAUUUUCCCAGUGCUAAUUGACAUUUUGGGUAAAGCUGAAUUUAAAACUCGCAAGGAAGCAGCUUGGGCUAUCACAAAUGCUACCAGCGGAGGAACUUCUGAACAAGUUGCAUAUUUAGUGCAGGAAAAUUGUAUUCCACCACUGUGUGAUUUAUUGACUGUAAUGGAUCCUAAGAUCAUUACAGUAGCUUUGAAUGGUUUAGAAAAUAUCUUGAGAACAGGAGAAGCAGACGCGCAGCAAGUUGAGGGUCGUAUAAAUCCUUACCCUGUCAUGAUAGAGGCGUGUUUUGGUCUGGAUAAAAUCGAAUUUUUGCAAUCUCAUCAAAAUUUAGAAAUUUAUAAAAAAGCAUUUGAAAUCAUUGACCACUAUUUCGGUGCCGAUGAAGAAGAUUCGAGAAUCGCUCCUUCAGUAGAUACUCAAGGUCAACAGUUCCAGUUUCAAGCAGCUGAUUCUACAUCACAACUACCAGUUCAAAGUUUUCAAUUUUAAUUAAUCAAUCAAAAUCAAAACGUAUGUUAGAAAUGCAUCAUUUUUUUAAUCGAAUGAGCUAUUGUCUAUUUUAGAGAAAAAUUUGAUCUCUAAAAUUCAAUGUAUUGUAACAGAUAAUGACCUUGGAAUUUCUUCCAAACAUUUGAACUUUCAUUAUAAUAA